CAUCCUCAGUCGUACUUGAACAUGCGAACGCCGGCUAUAUCAUCGCAAGCAGCGGCCGGAACACAGUAAGAGUCAUGCAUGAGUUUCCUAGAUCAUGCUUGAAGGGGACCUUGACACUGCUUGAGUCAUGCGUAAAGUGUGACUUUCAUUUCGGGAUAUCCGGGUUAAAACCUGUAGAUGCUUUCGAAACAACCGUGAUUGAAAAGUACUACCUAAUUUCUUUCUUUCAGACUUUGCGCCCCGACACCCCAAAAUGGUGGCCGCCGUCUCCCUUUUUCGAAACAGAUCAGAGCGUUAGGCUUGGCAAGAAGUCUCUAGGCCAGAAUAACACUGAAGGUGAUUCAUCCGACACAGUCAUCUCGAAGCACCUAGACGACAACGUGCACGAAGCAAACCUAACCUUUUAUACUCGUCUGUGUGAGUCUAGAUUAGUAGCGCCGAGACGGUACACGAGCGAAAGAUUCAGUCACAAGGGAUGUAGUUUAUACAAAGCUUGUGUUAUAGAAUGAGGCGAUACCACUGCAGCACAUUUUUACAUCCAAGAUUAUGUAAGCCUCUGUUCUGAGCUGAAUCGCAUCUUUCAGAUUAGAGCUACAGCAUGCAAAAGUGGCAAGAUGCUGGUACCGUAGUCGAAUGACUUCCGUGCAGCUUAUUGAUCUCAUCAUCAGGAUCUGAGAACGAAAGUCUUUGCGUGCGAUUGGAGGACAGCAGAUUGAGCUCUGGGAUGAGAAAAGCUGGUGCCGAACAUACUGGAGGGAUGCCAACCCCGAUAAUGACAGCUUCAUCAGCCAGAUCAUCUAUAGUUUCAUCAUCCCCUCCUACAGCUGCUGCAGUGUCUGAUAUAGCUGCUGUCGCAAGAAAAAGACUUGCAAGCCCUUGGGCAAUUCGGGUCAGUUGGCAAGAUUCCGAUAGUUGAGUAAACGCAUUUUCGCUCUUAGACGAUCGACGAACAAUCGAGCGGUGCGAUUUGCUGCCCGGUCUGGUCUCUGCAUGUUAUAUU